AAGAAGAUGAAUCAGUGGCGACGCUGGACAACCGAAGUCAUUCCUUCCUUGAUCGCUCCAUACCUUGCAUACUUGCACAAAUCAACCUCUCUUCACGAUCGAAUUGAAUUGCAGCCAGACGAAGUUGCUGCCUUUCAGUGCAAAUCCUCUUGUCGAGGGAGGGUUCUCGAGAUCAUUUGCGUACUCUUCAAUCAUAUCGAGAUAUUACAAAUUGAUUGCUGCGCUUGCGCGCCUGCUCCCCUUCAGCUCCUGUCUCGCGGUUACUUUGCCUGCGCUCCCAUCGCUCCUUCCCUUGCUGUCAACCUUCAGUUGCUGGAACUUGUCAAGACGUUGUUCGUACAAAUCACUCCCAACACAACUGCUUGGUGCGAAACACUCGAGGUCUUUCUGGCUGGCUGCGGGUAUCACCUUACCACCAAGGAUAAUCUUUGUCAUCGGUUUGGUAACAGUUAUCAUUGGUACUCUGUACUC